GCACACCCCGCCUCAUUACUUGCAUGGAUGGGCCAUGCAAGAGCUGCUUGCUGCAAAAUGACAUCAUGCACAAAGGCUGACUCACCCCUCGGGCACUUGAGGCACCAGCAUAAAAGCCAGACCAGCACCUCUCUCCCUCACACACUUCUCCCGACGCCUUCUCCUCCACCGUCAACAAGGGCCCCUCCACACCGCAGACAUGGCCUGCUACGACCUCUGCCGCCCCUGCGGACCCACCCCGCUGGCUAACAGCUGCAACGAGCCCUGUGUCCAGCAGUGCCAGGACUCCCGCGUCGUCAUCCAGCCUCCCGCCGUGGUGGUCACCCUGCCAGGACCCAUCCUCAGCUCCUUCCCCCAGAACACCGCCGUCGGAUCCUCCUCAUCGGCUGCCGUGGGCAACGUCCUCAGCUCCCAGGGAGUGCCCAUCUCCUCCGGAUGUGUCCAUCUGACCCUGGCGGAAGCUUUUAAGUGUGGCUAUUAG